AUGAUCAGAUCAGAACUCGAAAAAAACAUGGAAAUGGAUGAUUUUAACGCUUAUCGGGCGAUGUGCGCGAAUAGGCUGAGACGAUUGGAGCGUUACAAGAAAGCUCGUAGCUUCUGUAACAUCGACGACGAAACUCCUUCCUCAGCAAAAUCGCCUACAAAUUUUCCCAGUUCUGCACCUCCGUUCUGCGAUGAAGAAUCGACCAAUGCCGAUCGCUUUUUCGGCUCGUCUCGCGGCUCAGCGGCGUUCGAAGUGAUUCGAGAAAAAAUGCUCUCCUUAAUGGAGAACGACAUGUCCCUCCUGCAACAACUUCUUACGUUAGGCGAUCAGAUUACAGAAAUGAAGAAGAUGAAGGAGCAAAGUAUGAGAAAAUGUCAAAGUCAUACGAGUUUGGAUAACGAUGACGAUUUAGAGGAUCAAUUUGAUGACGGUUUCUCGGCGUCAAUGUCUGCUGUUACCACCUUAAGUGUUGGAGAAAAUCAACCACAAUAUUUCUCACGCCAAAAUAGUGUGCUAAGGAUUCCUAUUCCGCCGAGAAGCAGUAAUAGAUUUGGAAAAAGGAGAAUUCCUAGACGUCCUUCCGAACUGCUACGAACCGCCCCUGUCUUCGUGCAUGAAGCAGCCCCAGAAACAUCGGAAACCACUCAGAGCAGUCAGACUUCAUUCAUCAAUCCGAUACCGUCAGGAGGAGUAGAUGCUCUGGAGGCACAAUCCACACUUGAUCCCUCCACGUACAUCACAGCAAAGAAUCGUUCAUCGAAUUCAUCGAUCGACUCGGGGAUACGAGAGUCCAGCUCAUCGUCCUCUCCCUCACCGACACCAUUUGAUAAAGAAGUCGUUUAA